AUGGCCCAGUUUUCAUCCUUGUCAUUGGCCAAUCCAUGCCUCCAUCACCAACCUCAAAGCGAGUCGCCUGGCCCAGCGGCCUUUUCGGCCACCUGCCGCGAUGUUGGUGCUACCGUUGCACGAUCUGUAUGCUCUCUCUCACCUCUUCUUCGUUAUUACCUUAAUCAUUGGGUUCUUCGUCAUAAUCUUUUCUUCGUCAUCUCCUUCUUUUUCUUGGUUGUCGUUGGUCCAGACAGAAUCUUCAGUCUGUCUCUUGACACUUUUAGAGAAAGCGCUUCAAUUUCUGUACCAAACGCCAAGACUCUGUUCCAUUUGGUUCCGAGGAACGCGGUUGCCAGGGAUGCAUUGGCUCUGCCCGACAACCGGCCUUUCGUCUCCACCGCGAGCAACAGGCAACUCGGCCUGGAGGUUGGAUUUCAUGUACCAUCCACUGGAGGCUACGUAAUCACUAGACUGGGUCGAAAGGGCGAUCUGGUUCUUACUCGAAAUACUGUUUCAGAGCCAAUGUGUCGGGAGCAUGUCGCUUUCGAAUUCGAGGAAUCGACAAAGCUCGUGCACUUGUCUGUUAGGUCGAAGAAGCAAGUGCCUACCGUUUCUGUCGGGCUACUCCUUCAAGACUCUGGUAUCCACUUGGAUGCUGCACGCGACCCUCGACGUGGCUUUGAAGAUGACACACCGGACAACAAAAUCGUCGAUGGUGAGGCCGUCAUACUCUAUGGGCAGAACUACAACAUCCAGAUUUCAUCCUAUAGCUUCGCGUUGAUCUGGAGAAUCAUCCUUGAUACUCCCAACAACAACAACCAACGCCUAGCAGAGCUCGCAGAAGCCACUUGCAAGCAAUCUCUCUCCUUGUUGAAAGUCAUGGGCUCACGCGACAUGCCUACCGGGGCCGAGUUAUCCGAACUGGUAUCACAUCGAAUCACGAGACCACGAACAUCGAAACAAGCCGUUGUCCGAGAGGAUAAAACACGUCGCCGACAGAUAGGCGAGGGAGCUUUUGGCAAAGUCUACAUGAACCAGGAUCAGGAGACUUCCGCAUGGAUUGCUAUCAAGGUAAUCCAACUGCGCAAGUUUUUCAAGGUCGACGGUUUCGACAUCAACAGGGCUCGAGCUAUCUUUCAUAGAGAGCUCAGAGUCAUGCAGAGCACCAAUCAUCCGAACAUCAUCCAAUAUCUGGGCUACGGCGAAGUCGAUACUAUGGAGCCUGAGAUCAUAAUGCCAUUCUGCGCGAGCUCUGCGGAAAAGAUGUUCAGGCUUGAGAUACCGGAAACACUUUAUCAGGAAACUUGCUGGGAAGUGCUAGAGCAGAUGCUCUGCGCCCUCGACUAUCUUGCAAGCCUUGGAUAUGUGCACCGCGACUUGAAACCCGAAAACAUUCUGUACGAUGCCGACGUCUCCAACCCAGGCCAUUAUCUUUUCCGAUUGGCCGAUUUCGGACUUGCCAAUCACCAGAAACUCGCACACACAAUGUGCGGUACCGUCCCGUACCAGGCUCCCGAGCUGUGGCCGCGUAUAUCGAAUCUCUCACAGAUGCAGUAUAAGCAGGACCACAAAAUGGAUGUGUGGUCCCUGUACGCAACCUUCGUCGCACUUUCAACCAGGAUGAAGAUGUUCCCACCACGCAGCACCGGUAGCCAGGAGCAGUUCUACAACCUGUCAAGGAACACACUCAUAGACUCGGCCAAAACCUUUAAGGCUCUCGCACCAAUGGCUAUCCUUGAACCGGACCGUCGCGCCUCCGCUGCAUGGAUGUUGAACGCUCUCUUCGAAGGCCGAGGCUUGACGACGAAACCAGGGAAGAUUGAGCCAUACUAUCCUCCAGGAAGUUCUCCUCCCCGUUCUCAGCAAGUUCAGCCAGCACCCGUCCGUCGGUGGUCGAGUAAGAUGGACAUCGACGAUCCGCCAAACGUUCCUGCAUCCCGGCCAGUCACCCGGCAAGGCGGUAGAAUGGACGUCAACGUUCCACUCAUCGUACACUCUCGUGCAGUCCUUGAUCGGCGUGACGCCCAACUCGUACAACAAAAGAUUCGCAAGCAAGGGGGAGGAGUCGUCAAGCGUAGAGCUAAACCUCGCCAUCCUGUCACUAUCCGGUAA